AUGUCUCAAGUGUACGAUCUUGAUGCUCAAGUUAUGUGCAACCGAGCUGCUUUAGUUAAGGACCAAAAACGAUUUUGCGAAGAAUAUCCUGAUAUUGCGAUCAGUAUUGGGAAAGGAGCGAAACUUGGUGUGCAGGAGUGCCAGAAACAGUUAAAGGACGAAUUAUGGAAUUGUUCCACAGUCGCUCGUGAUGUCAGCGUUUUCGGAAAAGUUCCGCGAAAAGGUAAAAGAAUCAUUUAUAUAUUGAGUUGUCGCAUAACACUAUCCAACCACGCGUACGGGAAAACUGAAUAAAAGAAAAUUUGCCAGAUAAACUGUUACAGCAUGAAAAAACAGCAUGUACUUUGAAGGAGAAGUUAAAAGAAGGUGUUGUAUAUAACCUGUCAUAUAAGGUUCUAAGGUCUCUAAGCGUUCAGUCCGCUCGUCGAGGCCAUGGUCCCAGGUCACUUGAAAGGUAGGGUUAGAUAUAUUGCGCUCGAAAAUUUGAGUAUUAUGCUUUUAAGCGUCACUACCCUCAAAACAACAGCGUAAUGCCUAAAAUUAUCGGCUUGAAACUGAGUUGCGUUAAGCUAUGCAAUAUUAUAACCUUAUCUUGUAGUAAAGGCUCAAAAAUAUAUUAUUAGCUCCGACUGCAUGUUCACAGACGAAAAAACUUUGCUUAAAAUUUGGCUUAACCCAGGAUUAAAUUUAAGCUUCACCUUCUUUAGAUUACGCGGGCCCUGUACGACUAGUGAAUUUUUCUUCGAAUUAUGUCGCGAUUUCUCUUGCAAAUCAGUGUCUCAACUAAAUUACUAAACAAGUUUCAAAUAAGUUUGUCCAGUGUUAAAGCCUUUAUCCGUAUAUUGAUGUUUUUCACGUCCGCUGAGUGUUGAUUUUCUUUCCUUUAUUUUUGCUGAUUCAGUUCUGACAUUGGAAUGAUGUGGCUUUGUUUCAGCAUCUCGAGAGACCGCCUUUAUUCAUGCCAUAACCUCUUCCGGGGUCGUUCACGAGAUUACAAAAGCUUGUGCGCGUGGUGUACUGAGAAAUUGUGCUUGCAAUAAUACUCAGCUAGCUGAAGGAACAGGAUUCGAGUGGGGUGGCUGUGAUGACAACAUUGAAUAUGGUUUGAAAUACGCCAGUAAGUUUAUAGAUUCUCGAGAAAAGCGGGAGCAUGACAUCAGAGCAAAAAUCAACCUUCACAACAACCUUGUGGGAAGGCAGGUGAGUGAUACAUCGUCUGAAUGGUAUCCGAUUUAUUUGGUGGCAAAAAGUUAAGCUAAGUUAAGUUCACUCGUCUCAGUGGCAUCCAAUAUGUGAUUUAGAAACCACUUCAUAAAAGUUGAGUAAAAUGUUUCAUUGUAAAUUUAGUUGUUUUCGUGUCAAGAACUUUCUCGUUGCAAAGAUUGUUUGUUUGUUAGUUAGUGGUACAAUAUCGGUUGUGAUCACUUCAUGACACAUACGGUACUUCGCUCUUUUCUCGAGCUAAUUCUUAGUGUUUUAUGGUUUGUUUGUUUAUAUAUUGUAUAAAUAAUCAUUAAGACAAUUACAACAAUACAUGCCAUCACCAAAAGUCAAAUGUUCGCUCGCAAAUGUCUGAGUUCUGAAUCAGUACUGUAUUUUAUGCCAUAACUUUUAUAAGCGGUUCUACUGGUCAGUAUGCUAGCUCACUUGGCAGUAUAUGUCAUUCAUAACCUGUCCAUACCUACAUCACGAUGUAUGGAGUCUGUGUAUAUUCUCUUCUGUUUUUAAGACUGCAUCAAAGAUAAUUAUACAUCCAACGUUUUUCUACCUGUUAACAGAAGAAGUAUACUUUGUUCUUUCAGUUAAUAUUUAUAUUGUAAGUUUACUGCCUUUCUGAGUUAAUUGUUACCAGGAACCUCAUGAGCUCCUGUUGUUACUUAUAACCCCACCAAUAUUGAUAACAACGAGUUUUAUUUGCAUGAUCAUACAAACACAUACAGUAUUGCAAAAGCUAUGUUUAGAAAUCAAAAUUACAACACAGGGCAAUUACGUUACUUUGACAAUAAUUUGUCACGAACAUCAAAACAAGCUGAAAUAUAUUUUAUGAAUUGUAUAUUGAUAAAGUAAUUAGAAGAGUUCAUCAGUUCCUUGAUCAAACCGUUUAUAGGUAACUCGAUAAUUUUGGAAUUAGUCUUGACUUUAUAGUAAAAUGUAUUCCUAAUCAUAGAGUAUGUAGGACAUUGAAAAAGAAAGUGAGCUUCGUCUUCUAUUACAUUGUAUCCACAAAAAGGGCAAUGCCUAUUAUCCUUCGUAGUUUGAUUGUAUCUGCCUAUUUCUAUCAUUAGUUUGUGAUUGCUUAUUCGUAGUUUUACUAAAGCCCUUCUCCCAGCUGUUCCUCUUGUUAAGUCUAAGUAACUCAGUAGAGGAGGUAUAUUAUCGGUCUUAAAAGAUCUAUAAAAUUCAAGUUUUUGAGAAUGUUGAAGGGUGUUUUGCCAAUAUGAGAUAUAUUCUUGUUACGUAGCUUUUUAUCAUAGCUAUAUCUAAUACCAACUUUGAUAAAUGUGAGUUAUGUGUACAAUGCCUGAAAACUGGAAAAUUUAUUUUAACACCAUUAUAUGUUACCGGAGCAGAAAUGCCCCCUCCAAUUUGUUCAAGUUGACUUAAUAGAUAUCCCUGGUUGUCAAAAUAAACAACCUUACCACCUAUAUCUCAGUUUUUCUGUACUUUGGUAAUACUCAAUGUGUUGGUUUUUCAUUAAGUCUUUUUAAGUUGUCAAAUACCAAUUUUGGACCAUAGACAUUUCUUCUAACUAUUGAAGCUCUUCGUAAGCAGAUCAAGUGUAUCAAAACCAACCCGUUUUACAUAUACUUUGUUUUUAUUUUAGACAGCUAUUAAUCUAAGCUUACCAUAUAGUUUAAAAAUAUCAAUGAUUAAAUUUUCAUAUAUGUACCACUUUCUGCGUUAAUUUUGAGUGCAUUUCUCUAUUUGGUGUAUAAAUACCCUUUCCAGUUUGAAGAGCUUCUUUCUCUCCGUUAAUAAUGCUUAUUCUUUUUCUGUAUUUUUCUAUUAUUUCAAUAUCUUCAUCACAUUUAGUUCUUGUUGGUUUUUGUUUUUGAUAUAUGAGCCUUUUACGGUCCUAUAUCCAUAUUAAUUUCCCUUUGCAUCCAAUGUGCAUACUUCUCAAGUCUUUCUAGGGUUAUUUGUAUGCAGGAAUAACACGUUUGUCAACACAGCGGCCUUUCCACAAAAUCCAGGUCCGUAAUCACACUAAAAGAGACCAGCACCUUGACUUUCUUGGCCUCACACUUAGUACCUCUAGCCCUUUCCCUUUCAUGAAAACCAGGCCCUUUUACUACAUUAGGCGACUCCAGUAUCUGUGGCUUUUUGGCUAUCCAGGAGUUUGUAUCUCCAGCCUUCCAACUGAAGCAAGGACAGUUCUGGUAAAGUCCAGCAUCUUCGCUUUUUCCGGUUCUCAAGAGUUUGCAUCUUUAGCAUUUCCAUGAAAACCGGGUAAUUUUCAUAUAAGAAACAGUCAUUCCUGGCUUCUGGCUUGGCUUAUUCCUGACAAUACUAACUAGAGAUAGUUUCUUAAACCUUUCCAUGAAAGCCUGAUAACUUUCACAUAUGGAACAGUCAUUCCUGGUUUCCUUGGCUAUUCUUGGUAACCCUAGAGUUGAUUUCUUCAGCCUUUCCAUGAAAGCCCGGUUAUUUUCAUAUGGGAAACUGAUAGUCAAUUCCUGACUUUCCUGACUGUUCCUAGCAAUACUAGCUAGAGAUAGUUCUAUCAGCCUGAUAAUAUGCAUAUAAGGAACAGCCAUUCCUGGCUGUCUUGGCUAUUCUUGAAAAUCCGGCAGGAGUGAAUUCCAUCAGCCUUUCACCUGAAUCCCAGGACAUUUUCAUUCGUUCUUGGCUGUCUUGCUGUUCUUGAUGUUCACCCUGUAAUCGGCAAAUUACUUACUUUGAAGUCGAGAAGCCAGGAUUAAAUCUUGGCUCUCCAGGCUUUUCUUCGAAGACCUAUGCGGGCUUUUGAAGAGAGCUAAGAAUUUCCUUGCUUUCCUGUCUUUUCCAGGCUUUUUAGAGGCCAAAAAAACAAAACAUGGAAGAACAAAGAGAGAUGGGAGCUCCAGGCUUUUUUUGGCUUUCCGCACUUUUUUGCAGGAGAAUUGGGAGCACAUAUGAAAAAUCAAGUCUAUUACAGAGGUCUUGUAGUGUACCACAGGGGGUCAAUUUUAGGCCCCCAUCUAUUUUUCAGUUAUAUCAAUGACACUGCUAAUUCUUCCAACAAAAUGUCCUUUCGCCUCUUUGAUUAUGAUGCCAUCAUCUUUUGCACCUCGAAUGACAUACAUGAUGUUAAAUCACUUAUGAAUUCUGAGAUGACUUGAGACCUCAAUAAUUAUUACCAAUUUGGAAAAAUUGCAUGCCAUUUAGGAGAUAUCUCAUGCAAACCAUUCGAGGGGCCUACCACGAACACCAUACUUAUUAAGAGCCUAGUAAAUAGUAUUGGGUGAUUUACUGUAUCAAACGCUUUUGAGAACUAAAGAAGAGGCCACAAGAUAUAAUUUUACAAUCCUUAUAUUACAUGUCGUUUUCGAUACAACACAAUUCUGAAUGCAGUAGUUCUGUGUCCACCUAUAUCAAAUUAACAAACACUGAAUUUCAUCUCAUAUUAGUCUUAAAAUUAAUAUACACAUCAUACAGGACAAAUUCCAUCUAUGUAUAAAAACAAACUUGUAAUUAUUUGAUUUUGUAAAUACCAGAAAAAGUGUAAAGUGAGCCUUUGUGAUUAUAGCGGAAUCAUAACACAAGCCCUCUUGACGGUCCAAUCUUUUUACCCAGUAAAAUAUUACUUAUUCAGAUGGCUACAUUACCAGAAUGGUUUUUUCUAACAAACUGUAGAGAUUAAUAAUUUAGAUUUUCAUAAGAAAAAAAAAAAAACUCUGUAUAUCUAUAAGCAAGAAACAUAAUGACUAAAACAGACAUCCUUAUUGUUAAUAUCAUAUUGAGAGCAGCAUCUGAGUUUGGAAACGUGGAGAGAAAUCAAAGCGUUGUAUAAGUUUUAUCAUAAACAAUUCUGGUAGUGUGUUAAGAAGCUUUCAAAGCGUUUCAAGCAAUUGAACUUGGCUAUAAAUAAAUAUUCGACGACUCUUGUGACCUCUGGCACAGUAGCCCCGGUGGAGUUAAUUAAAUCCUGUUAUACUAGCCAUUACAUCUGAAGCUGGAUUGUUUCUUAAAACAUCCAGCCUGAAAAUCAAAACUUAUGAUAAAAAAAUGAAACGGCUAAAUUUAUACAACUUACGAAAAAGUAUUGGUUGAAUUACCAGCAAACUUAAGAGGAACACAGUUCAAUCAUUAUGAAAUUAUAACUUCUAUGCCCGUAGAAGAUAAGUUUGUGAAAAAUUAUAUUAAAAAUUCAUAGCUGCAAUAAAUUUAAGUAAUUCUAUUGGUAUAAUAAAGUUUGUAUCACACGUUCGUGGACACAGUUCACUGUGCGGUAAAACUUGAUUUAUAAUAUCAAUUAAAAUAUGUCUGUGUGUUAUUUUUGUGUCUUGUUUUGCUCUAAUGGUGUCAUUCAAACAUUUUGCAACAUGUAUUUACGGUAAAGAUAGAAAAUAAAAUACCCUUUCGAUGUAUCACAACUAUGAUGAGAGCCACAGUUCGCGCAAAUAAAACCACCAUUAUUACUCAAUUUCGUUCAAAAAAUCAUAAUCAUCGUAUUGCACAGAGUUUUAUCCUACUAUUUUCAAAUCAGAAAAGGGCGGGCAUACUAAGACAAUUAUUGUGAAUUUCAACGUUCAAAUUAAUGACUUUGUUUCUACCAUUAAUUUUUUCUUUUUUGCUCUAACUUCGUCGUCAGUUUUUGCUUUCAAUUUGCUUGGUAACCAGAGUAAAGCCUAUUGAUGUUAAAAAAGUCUCAGUUGUAUACGUAAGAGCAAAACGUCGUUAGUAGCUGAUUUUAAAUUAUAUUCGUUUAGAUAUAUUUAUAUAUUUUAUUUACUACAUAUGGUAAUCUCAAAUGCCAAAGUAAUGGGCUGCUCAAAUCUCCCCAUCUUGUGACCAAUUUUGAGCGCAAAAUUUUACUCCAUUUCAUUUUGCAAACACUUUUGGCCGAAUUUUGGACCAAAUUUUGCCAUCUUCCAUUUUUGAUAGUACGGAAUGCUCGCUAACGUUUGUAGCUGGCUUUUAAAACCAUUUUAUGGAACCAAAUAUGUUACCAGCAUUUUGGAUCCCGACGAGUCGCCUCUUCCACCCCUACCCUGCUUGAAAGCUUCCUAUCUUUACCAGCACCUUCACGUUCCUGAAAGGGCCUCAGGCUUCGCUUCCUUACGCAUGAGCUUAACUCUUUAUCUAAUCGUAGUGACGGCCAAUGCUUUGAGCUAAGCGAUGAUAAAAUGCUUUUGUGGAAAGGUUUUUUUACCCAAACAUCUAGAGAUGGAGGCGCCGAUUGCACUAUUAUGAUUAAUACCGAAUUUUAGCUAACCAGAAAGAGUACCAAAAUGAUAAAAGAAAAAAAAGUUAACAAAACUGAUUUAUGAAUCUCCAGGUAACUUCCACCUCAAUAUUGAAUUACUUGAGAGAAUCUUUGUUUAAUCAGCUGCAGUCUCCUUAUGCUUUAGUCGUUGCGUUUUUUCCCCGUAGGCUGUGAAGAGCUAUAUGAGACUUGUCUGCAAAUGUCAUGGAAUUUCAGCUUCGUGCUCAUAUAGAACGUGCCUUAGAACCUUGGGACCGUUUGGUACAGUAGGCGGGCAUCUUUACAACAAAUAUCUCAACGCUACCAAAGUGACAGUCCAUCAGGGUAGAAACCAACUCAUUGCGGCCGAUGAAAAAUAUCCCGGAAAGCUCUUAGAAGAUGAUCUUUGGUUCUUGGAAGAGUCCCCGAAUUAUUGCGUGCCCAACAACAACACAGGAUCUCUGGGUACCACGGGAAGACGUUGCCACAAGACCGCCCCAGGCCCCGGGAAUUGCAGGAUUUUGUGCUGUGGGCGCGGCUAUAACACCCUCCAAGUCCGUGAAGAGUAUGAAUGUUCGUGCAAGUUUUAUUGGUGUUGCCGAGUAAAAUGCAAUACUUGCCGGAGAAUGGUUGAUAGUUACUUUUGUCGGUAAAUGGGCCAUUUGCACGAUGACGUCAUUUUACUACUACGACCAGAAUCCUUCAGGAUUUUGCUUUCUUGUGGAAAUUAGGGCUUUUGUUUUCGAAAACGCACUGGGAAUACCAAAUUAGAAUAUGAAAGGAAAAACGAAAAGGAUUCUGGUCUUAGUAGUAAAAUGACGCCAUCAAGCAAAUGGCCUAUUGCCGGUAUCUAUACAAAAGUUUAUAAUCUAAACAGGCCUGCAUAGUCCUUAGGCCUAUGUUCGGCCGGGUUACCAGCGAACUCCGAGCUAAACGUCGGUAAUGUACUUCACAGUGGUCGUGAAAGCGUGGGAAAAUGCCGUACAAAGACUUAGGAAGAAACAGGAUGUCUUCUGGUUCAAGCUGUCAGAAUAAUUUUUUGGCUGCCUCGAAGGAUAAGCCUUUGCUGUAUGAGUUCAGCCUCUGAUUUGCUAAGCUAUUUCUUGAUACUUCUAUACCCUGCAUAGCAGGCGCUUGAAAGUUAUAUGCUCGAAAGAACGGGCACACAAGGAGGAACGCGAGCGUUCUUUCUUGCAAACAUUACUUCCAAGCGCAUGCUACGUAGGCUGUUACCUCUAGUUUUAUUUUGAUGUUCUUCAAAAAAGAGGGAAAUGAAUGUACACCACGACUUCAUCUUUGCGUUCUGGCGAAUGCACAUAACCUCAGUGUAACCAUGUUGGUCAGUAACCAAACAAUGUGAAAUAUUAGCAUAUCAACAGAGCCUAUUUCAGUACUAUUUAGGGCUUUGUGUGGAUAUCACCUGUUCUGCGCUUAAGCCUCUCUGCUUUUUCUUAGACGCCUGAACGCAUCCGACGGUAUAUACUCAUAAUCAGCCUCCUCCUCAGGCACGUCGUUUUUCACACAAAGGCGAGCGGGAAACGCGAGUGACACUUUAGUGACUGCUGGUGACGAGGCUCUAGGGACUAUGGGAAAUAGAAAAAUGAGAGGCAAAACCUUCUCCUUCCAGCCUUCCUUUGCGCGCAAAUCGAGAGGAAGACGUCUAAUUACCCUUCAGGUUCAGAAUACUAUGGAAAACCAGUUAGCUCUGAACUGGUUAUCAUGUUAUCUGAUUGAAUGCAUAUUAGCAAUUUGUUAGGAAACUGGAUUAGCACUUUUCGGGCACCCGCUUAAUACACACACCCCGAAUUUAUGACAGACAGUUUUCUUUGUUCCCUGCGAUGGAAACCUCGAAAUAUUUUCUCUUACACAUGCCUAUAAUGACAACAGUAAUACGGAAAAUAGACACUUUCAAAUGAAGCUCUUUCAUACCAACAGUAUUAGUGAUCGGUCGGACACGAGUAAUAUGUAAACUGUUAUCAUCUUGCCAAUGAAAACCUAACACUGAGAGUCGAGAUGUCUUUUAAAAGUGUUUGCUUAAUAUUCAUUCCGUUAACCGUCAUUAACUUAAGACAGUUGCUUCUUUUGUCAUCCAGUCCACCCUAUUCAUUGAAAACAUUAACUGCUUCUCACCAGCGACGCAAGCAUAAGGAUUCUUCAUUUCACCACAAAAGGCAAAAAGGUCUAGUUAUAAAUAUAAGCACACUCGUAAAUCAAUCCUUUUUUUUAUUUGAAAACCUUCUGCGCAUGCGCCGUGAUAAAGUCACGUGGUCAAGUGUUAACCAAUCAGAUGUUUCAAUGAUUUUUCCCUUUCGUUUUGACAUUGCUUUUGUGGUAAAGUUUGUUGUCUAUUUUUACGUACUUUUAGACAUGCGUAUAAAAACAGAAUAGAGAGGCCUCAACUGAAAACCACCUUGGCGAGUUUGGCUCUAGUCAUGAAAUGUUACUAUUUCUAUUAUUGUCAUUGUUUUUAUGAAGAAAAUAUUUUAAGGCGUUAGUUGUAUAAAAGGAAAUGUUUAAGUGUCGGAUGGUUAACUAACAAAAGAUAAGAAGACUUUAUGCCUGAGGCUAAAAGACAUUUGCAGCCGGAAAGUCAAUUUGCCAAUGCAAUUCAAGAGACGAUAUUUGUGUGUUUACCGAUAUUCCUUACUAAUUCACUUAACCUUAAGCCACCAAUCAGUGAGCAUACAAUUUCUCAAGACUGUUCUCCAUACAUUACCUUGAGGAAUUAGCUUGGAGAAUUUGAUAGACGAUCAAAACAUUUUCCUUUGAUGAUCAAUUUUUUCAUUCUCCUAACCUUCUCUUUUGAUCAUGUAUUGAAAUGGUUAGGAGAAAAUGGAUGUUAACCACUCUAGGGACCUAAAGGGUUAAACGAUUUUGUUAAAAUAGCAGCUCUUAUCAAUUUUUAUAUCUUGCUUUAAUACUUUUUUAAAACCACCGGCUCUGAGGUGGAGUUUGCUUACAAAGAGUCGACGAUGAGAGUUUUCAGUCUUGAUGGGCUAUUGGAGACCGGAUACGAAUUCAGUAAAUAACGAUAUCUUAUUAUAGAAUGUUUCAUUGUCGUUGUCAUUCAUGAAUUGUUACUUAGAUAGUAUGGCCGAAAGAGCAAGAAUGUUCUUUACUGAAUCGAAAACUGCUCAUUGUACCGUGAUGAGACAGGUUUGAGUGGAACAAAUUAUAAAUCAGACACUCGCAUCUCUUUUUGAUUGCUGCGUACACGAAUCACGAUCAACACAGUCGUACUUGUCGAGAACAUGGCGAGUUCGACCUGCUUUUUCGCUGCUUUUCUGUUAACUUUUCCGAUACUUUCGUCCUCUGAUUGGUGGUAAGUUUAAACGUCUAAUUAAUUUAGAAUUCGAGCUCAGUCAAAAAUGAAACCUUUUGCGCAGUAGUUAAUUUGAUAUAAAUUCAUAUAUUCAUCGACCAUUGCUCGUGUUUGUUUCACUAGGUUUAUGUCUCAAGUGUACGACCUUGAUUCCAAGGUUAGGUGCAACAGCGCUGAUUUAGUUAAAGAACAACGACAAUUUUGUGAAGAAUAUCCUGAUAUUGCGAUCAGCAUUGGAAAGGGUGCGAAUCUUAGUAUAACCGAAUGUAAGAAACAACUCACGGAGGAAUUAUGGAAUUGUUCUACAAACACUCGUGAUGUCAGCCUUUUCGGUAAAGUUCUGCGAAAAGGUAAAGGAAUGUCUUAAUUACCAUGGUUCAGCAUGAAAACAACGUACGGAAUUUUUAGGAGAAAAUUAAAAGAAGAAUAUAUACCACAUAAUGGUUAAAAACUUUUAAGUUAUAAGCUACCAGCACAAUUGUUAAUGCUCUGUUCGACAAGGUUAUUUCUCUCGCUAAUUUUCAGAUCGCAUCAUUGUACAACAAGUUGCUAAGACUCUGCCUAUUGUAACAGCCCUUGAAAUUCCUGACUUUAUCUUGCAACAUUCUUUAUUUUGCUCCGUGCAAGGCUUGGUGUGACGGAAACGUCGACAAGCGCUUUUUUCUUCGGAGGUUUUACAGUAGUCUGCAUGUAUACUUACUAUUAAAGGAGGCCAUGAGUUCUUACUUAUAACUCUAUGCGUCUCGAAAAAAAUCAUGAGACAAUUUGCGAGAAAACCGUGAGAGUCGUCUAAUGUAUCAGCCUCUGUCCCCAAAUUUUCGUUUUUCACUUCCGCUGAGUGUUCGUGCAAACUUUCCCAUUCAUUAGUUUUUCCUGAUUCAGUUUUAACAUUGAAAUGUUGUGGCUUUUUUUAGCUUCCCGAGAGACCGCCUUUGUCUAUGCUAUAACUUCCUCUGGAGUUGUUCACGAGGUUACAAAAGCUUGUUCUCGUGGUUUACUGAGAGAAUGUGUUUGCAAUAAUACACAGCAUCAAGGAAGAAAUGGUCGAGGCUUCCAGUGGGGUGGUUGCAAUGAAAGCAUUGAACACGGUCUGAAAUACGCCAGUGAGUUUAUAGAUUCUCGAGAAAAGGAACAAGACGUAAGAGCAAAAAUUAACCUUCACAACAACUUUGUGGGAAGACAUGUGAGUACAUCAUCUAAUACAACAAUCCACGGUUUCUUCAACUUUUGACUGGGACCGAGAGAGAAUGAGCUGGGACCAGUUAGCGAAAAUCCGUCAAAACGGCUGGAAAGAACGACUUAAAAUCAGCAAAGUUGCCAAGUUUGAAAGUGAUUUAUUAAAAACUUACAAAUAUACAGCUCCGCAAAGGCGAAAUUAUACAAAAUGUCUGUAAAAUUUCGCGCCUUUGAGCCCCCACCAUACAGACGUCUGUAAAAUUUCGCGCCUUUAUGAAGCAAUAUCUUCGCUUGUUUUGAACGUAUCGCCUUUAAACCUGGUAAGGUACCCUAUUUUUAGGUUCUUUUUCCAGCAGUGUCGAUGGUUAUUCGCUUAGUGCUCUGUAUCCAGCAAAAGUUGGGGGAAAAAACCGUGGAAGGGAGUCUAUCAGAGUAUCAGAUUCAUUCUUCAGAAACCACGUCAUUCUGAGCCCAAAAUAUUUGUUUUUGCUCCUGAUUUUCCCGGCUCACACUAUACUGGCCUUUGUGCUAUGAAUACUGUCGAGGGUAAAUAAAGCUUUUAAUAUUGCGUUUUCAUCAUUAUGUUGGUCUAAUUGUUUGUUUGCUUUUUUGUCAAAAACAACCUUGUCCCCAAAACUUUGUGUUCGUUUGAAUCGAUAGUGAUCAGUAAGACAUUUUAACAACACUAAAAACGUGGCAAAUCAUUUUUACGCCAUUUUUACCUUUUUACGUAGUUUUCUGCCCAUAGUAACAGCCCUAGGGUAGCUUUACUGCGAUAAAUUCACAUUUUAAACAGUCUUUUUGUGCUCGAUUUUUCUAAACGAGUCGCCUUAAUAUUUUAUUUAAUUUUUCACCUCUUUUUGAGGUGCGAAUAACUUGCCCCUGUCUAAGAGGAAAGAGCCAUAUUUCCUCCUGAAUCAGUAUUCUGUGACGUAUUUCGUACAUUGAGCAGAUCGAGACGUUGGUUUGAAGUCUUUUCAAUUACAACUUCUUCAAUAGUUAAGUGCUUAUCUACUAUCUAAACGAGUAUCGUUUUGUGUUACUUUUCAAUUCUUCUGCAUCUUUUCAAGCCCUCGAAAUUUAUUUUUUCACAGACACAUGCAUGACUGAAAAACUUCAAACCAGAGUGGCCAAUUCUCUUCACUUCACCAGUUACUAAAACACACAAUAAGACUUGUUCAUUUAUACGUGGGUAUUGUUUGCGUCGCUUGUCAGUCGCUUAUGUGGCUGACAAGAGACGCGAACGACUUCGUAAACGCGCUAAAAGCCAUGCAAGAGAGAAACCUCUGCUCGCAGGGUAAUACGUGGGGUCCCAAACCACUUUUAAUUAACUCAAGUGCUUUCCGAAGAAUUUUAUUUGCCUUAACUGAGUACACACUCAGUUUACAAUCAUAGCUAUACAUGCUUUCCCAAGAAGCUUAUUUACCUUAAGUACACACUCAGUUUACAAUCAUAGCUAUAUAUGCUUACCCAAGAAGCUUAUUUGCCUUAAGUACACUCUCAAUUUACAAUCAUAGCUAUAUACUGCGUUCUUAAGACGCUUAUUUGCCUUAAGUACACCUUCAGUUUACAGUCAUAGCUAUUGAAGGAUAGUAAAUAAAUAUCUGUAUAUUAUACAAAAGUACUGUCGUGUUGACGCCUCUAUUGAAAACGUUUAAGUCAAAUCACGGUCCAGUGAAGUCCCGACAUUUCAAUUACCUCUUAGCUGGUUUCCCAGUAUGGAGGAGGGUUUUGAAACAAAACUUUAAUAUAACACUCCGAGGAAAAGAUCUCAGUUCCCUAUUGAUUGGGAACGGGGUCUUUGUUGAGCGUGAUAAGAACAUGUACUUUGAAUAGACUGAGGCCUAUAGCUAUUAUACUACAUUAAUUCACUUCAUUGCGUGGGAAAGCCGCUUUUUCCCAUUAUCAUGGCACUUAUAUUUCAUUGUUUUCAUAAGAGAAUUAACGAACUAUAAAAUCCCCAGAGGUCCAAAUAUCGACAACGUCUAAAGUCAGUGAUUUUACUUUGUUGCAAAAUUAGCUCAGGCUUGUCGCUAAAAAUAGCCGAAUUGGAAUUUCGAAUAUUGGCGAUGUUACCAUGGGUCACUUCUCUAGCUUACGAGCGACUUAAGUUCUGGCACUGUGGUUCGUAGUACAGUUAUUUUUGAAGCAAGAAACGUGUUCCGUUUUUAAUUUGUAAACACCCUAAGGCUGUUCUAGAAUGAUUUUCGGGAGGAUAUAUGGGAGGCGAGAGUCAUGGCAAGGCGAAGCAGUAUUUCUUGAAAGACAAUUCGGUUUUUUUGGGCAUCCCACAAUAAAUACAGAUAACAGCUGAAUCCGCGAAAAAAUAUGAACACAUGUUUGAUUGUACUGAAGCGACCAGGCCGUUUGGCGCGUAGUCUGAUCUUUAUGUUCGCUGUAUGUACUAUGCUACUCAGAUCAUAAAAAGAAUUUUUGCUGAUAUAAACAAGGAACUGCACACAGCAUUUUAAGUAAGAAAUUGCACGCAACGAAUUCUCUUCAAUAAGUGAGGUAUAUCGGAACCUUUUCUCCGAAGUAGCCUGUACACAGAAGGCUUUCCCUUUUUUCGACAAAUUAUUCGACAGCGCGCGAGAAAAAAAAAAAACGGAAAGGAAUGUCUAUUUUCUCUUCCACCCUGCUCUGUCAUAAUUUGUAAUAAUUAGUGUCGUAAUUUAUAAUAGCUGUCGUAAUUUGUAAUAAUUUUGUCGCGUUUUGUAAUACCUAUUGCAAAUUGUAAAAACUUUGUUGUAAUAAAUAAGGAAAGCUGACACAAUUUGUAAUAACUUUGUCUUGGUUUGUAAUAAUAAGCAUUCUUUACACUUAAGCGGCUUGUUUCCCGAGUGGUUUUUGAUCGUCAAGGGGACAGUACAAGGUUGAUAUGAAAGGACACAAUGAUUUCAGCCCUUUUUUAGGAACUGAACCUGUUAAAUUUUGAAAAAAAAACUUUGGAAGGUACAGUGCUACAAGCAAAUUAUGAGAGGUUUUCUUGUUACAAAUUACGACAGCUUUUUUUUCACAAAUUGCUACAGGUAUUACAAAUUACGACAAAAUUAUUAAAAAUUACGACAGAACACACCCCCAUCCCUUGCACCUGUGGUCAAUAAAUCCCUCGUGGUUGUAUUUCUCUAAAGAGGAAAUAGAAGGUCUGUGAACAGGCCACUCGGCAAUACCCCUCGUGUGCGGACACUGACCACCUCCCAUUUAGUGACCACUAAAUCUUGGCAUUUGGUAGGUCGACUACGUACGGGAAGUUCGACUGCUUUUCUUUUUGUUUUAUGUAGGCUGUUAAGAUCCAUAUGAGGCCGGUCUGCAAAUGUCAUGGACAUUCAGCUUCUUGCCUGUAUAAGACGUGCUACAAAAGGGUGCCACCGUUUGGUGAGGUAGGCGUGUAUCUUCGUGAAAAAUAUUACAACGCCGCCAAAGUAACAGUCCAUCAGAGCAAAAACCAGCUUGUUACGGUCGAUGGGAAAACUACAGAAGAGCUCUUAGAAGGUGAUCUUUGGUUCUUGGAAGAGUCCCCGGAUUAUUGCGUGCCCAACAACAGCACGGGAUCUCUGGGUACCAUGGGAAGACGUUGUUACAAGACCGCCCCAGGCCCCGGAAAUUGCAGGAAUUUGUGUUGUGGGCGUGGCUAUAACAGCUUUCAAGUCCCUGAGAAGUACGAUUGUACCUGCAAGUUUUAUUGGUGCUGCCGGGUAAACUGCGAGAUUUGUGAGGGAGUAGUUGAUACACACGUUUGCCGGUGAAUAUCAUAAAGCCUGCAGCUUUGACUGAGAUGAAUGGCUGUGAAACUAGAGACUUUUAGAUUCUAACCUUUAGAUUCGGAGGUGUUACUUGACCAAUAUUUGGGUAUAGGUGAGCCGCUGAGGGUUUCAAACCCUGACCCUGUUUAGGACAAAAAAUUCUUACAAUACAUACUUUGUUUAGGACAACACCCAAUUUAUUACCCUGUUUAGGACAAAUGACACAAGGCAUGCCGCCUUGUUUUGUCAAUUGCACUAGAGCAAAUUCACAUAAUUGCUAUUGUAUACUUUCUUUCAUUAUUACUUUCGGGUGUAAGAUAAUUUUUGUGCGCUCUAACAGUUUUCGGCAUCAGCAAGAUUCCAACUCAUUGUUUAAAGGAAGCAUUGGUCACGUGACCUCUUAGUGCCACUGGCCUAUUUACCGUAGGUAAGGUAAUACAACGUUUAUGAUUGAUCCAUGCACAUAUUAAGCGAUAUAUUGAUACAAAUGAAGCAAACGGUAAAAUACAGUGCACAUGUUAAUAGGCCAUUUGCAUGAUGAUGUCAUUUUACUACUACUACCAGAAUCCUUCAAGGUUGGGACUUUCGUUGUUUAAACCUCCAUGGGAUUACCAGAUUUAAAUAUGAAAGGAAAAAUGGAGAGGGUACUGGUCGAAGUAGUAAAGUGACGCCAUCGUACAAAUGGCAUAUUACAAUCAGUGCACAAAAAAAAUUGUGUGGGUUCCCCUGAGACUAAACUUGCAGUCUCAUAACAAAUAUUGAUCGCUUCCAACCGCUCUUGACAGCUCAGGUAGAAAAUAGUGUGCGCCCUUCAAACAUUAGCCUGCGUAGCAGGCGCCAGUUUUUUAGGGCGAAUGAGAAAUAUUGAGGACGCGCGCGCGUACGAGAAGAGGAAAAAGGGAGAAGUGCCUCCUUUCGCGUGUUCCCCUGGCGCACUUUAUAAAAGCUAACCUAACCAAAGAAACUAACCGGCGCCUGCCACGCAAGCUACUUAAACGUCAGACGUAUAUGAAAGCGUAAAUAGUGUCUUUCAGCCUUAACCAUUAAAUAAUCUGGAAAAAAGUGAACACACACAUGACUGGUAAUCUUUUAAAAAUAAAUCUAAAUGAAGAUAUUAUCGGCAGAAUUCUAAUCGCAAUAAGGUAAUUGCAAACUAAGCCAAAAAUCUUUUCAGGUCUAUAGAAAAUGUUAAUUAAAUGUCUUUUAAGGCCUUCAAUGGGAUUCGAACCCCGGGGUAGCCUCUGCAUUAUCGCUGGAGGGUUCCAAGCCCGCGCACCGUUAAAACUGUUCUACAAGAAAUCAUUUUUAUCCGACAUGGUCGUUAGACGUUAUUUCCUAGUAAAUUUUAAUUAAGUAGAACCUAAAAUGCUAGCAAUUGGCCAUUUCGAGACUGUUUAGGGGACACUAUCGCUUCUUACAUUGACUACUGCGAGGUUGCACAGAAAACUGGGUCGAAGUUGGUCCACCAAAACAAUCAAACAAUCCCGCAGACACAACACCGCCCCUCAGUCACGUGCAACCUCAAAAUAGCCAAUCAUGAAAACUUUCCUGGUCUGAUGGGUACGUGUAAGGGGGGUCUGAAGCCCCCACGAUCCGCCACCUGUGUGAAAUUCUCUAACCUAACGUUUUGUAGAGGACUUGAACACUCGUCGACUUCUUCCUCGGCUCUCAUUCUGGACAUGGGUGAGGUCUCAAAUAACGACGAAGUUUUGAAAGAACGCAAAUUCACCAAACUAGUGACCUUUUUGUUGCCGUCUGCGUUGUCAUUGUCAACGACAAACAAUGGUCACGAACGGACUGAAAAUAGAGCUGAACUUUCAUUUACAACUUCCACUUCGGUUAUUACAGUAUGCACGUGUACGUUAUUUAUGACCAAUAGGUUUAUUUUCUUUAAUAUCUGCUAUCGCUUUGUUGCUUUGUCCAAGGUCUAUUAAGCCUCGCUUGCAUGCAACUUAACAAAUCGACAAUACUUUUUCAUGGUUUGUACUCUUAUCGACCACAGAAAUGACUUCAAAAUGUUCAAAACUCAAGUGAAAUAACAAGCCGCAGAGUACAGACCAUUGAAAAAUUGUUGUCGAUUUUUUUAUAAUAACAUUGACGGUUUUUGACGUCCAUUUCCGUUGAAGUUUCUCGGAAAAUCGCGACUUUGGAAAAUGAUUGCUUUUUUCGUGGUCCUGGUCAGUUGUCAAAGUAGGCUAUAAUUUGGGAAGAAUGAAAAAAGGAAGAAAAUAAGCGCGAGACAAACGUCAUCACGUUCUGACGUCUGAACUAGGACUAAACAACUUCUACCAUUAACUCUGGCUUUUUCCUUUGUUAUUAACAGCCUCUGUUAAGGUAUUUUUCAAUACCCUUAGGUCUCUUUUAACCCUAUAAUCCCUAAUAUAAAAAUUAAAAUUCUCAUUUACUGUCCUACACUUUUUUGAUAGAAGUAGUGGGGAGAAUUUGUUAAAAUAUUAAUUAGACUUAUCUGCCCUGAUCAUGUACUCAAUUCUCAAUUCUCAUGACCACUCUGCUUUCUAAAAUUUGAAAUUUAUUGGGCUUAAAGGGUUAAUGUUGCCUUAAGCAGAGGAAAAAUAGAUACCACGAGGUCAUCUGUUCAGUUUGACAGACAAAGUAAGGUCAGCAACGAACAUUUAUCAAACAAAUUUUAGUGAAUAACCGAUUUUAGCUUGUUUAAUAUACUGAAUUUUUACAUUUUAAUAUUUAUGAUGAUAUAAAUUUUUAGUGUUGUUGCUUAGCAUCUUAGAAAAGUUUUUCUUACAGGACGGGGCGGUCAGCGGCAGGAACGAGAAGGAUUCAAGGAUUUUCCACAGCAAUUUAUUAGAAACUCAAAUUCAUCAGCAAUACAGCAAUGGUGACGUCAACAAUCACAUUGCUGAGCACCAUUAACAGACGAAAAAUUAAAUUGACUGGGACUUUGCGACAUGUACAACGUAUUCUACAGACUAACAUCAACGUCUUACUUUAGAAAGCUGGUUUACUAACUUAGAACAAACGCCACUGAAUCGUAGCCAACAGUUACCGGCGCCGUAUCGUACAAACGUCUUAUUGUCAAGAUCAAGCAAAACUAACUACGAGAGAACGACUGGAGAACUGACAAUUUGACUAACAAUAGACGACUGUUAAACUGUGAGAAUAGACAGAUCGAAACGCACCAAUUACUGAUUACGAGUCUUCAUAGCCAAUAACAUCACGGCUUAACUGACAGACGACCAAUAACAUCGCGACGUAAUUGACCAAUCAGUUCAAUAACCGGAGUAUAAUACCAUCAACUGACGCGAUACAACUAACCUUGACUCUGAAGAUGACUACCGCACAGGUUGUCGAAACGUCAGUCACUGUCAACAACAACAGUCCUAUUUAGGACUACUUUCACCCGGACGAUCAAACUCAACCUACGUUUGAAAUGACUCCUAGGUUCAAACCUUUCACAAUCCCACUAAUCUUAAAAAGAUAAGGUCAGUUAACUGAUUAAAACAAUCCACCGAAAAGAAAAACCACAAAAAGCUAAUAUCCACUACAGCAUUUAGACAAGGCACACGCAAAAUCAUUCCUAAGCGAUGCACAAGCUUGCUAAAUCAAACCGGAAAAUUCCUAAGCGCAAAACUAUUAGAAGUAAAAUAAUAAAAAAAAGUAAUGCAUUUCUAGAUAUAACUGAGAGUAGUGAAAUGAUAGGUCUAGUGACCCUGUCACACUUAUUUUACAUAUUGUAUUUUUUUCCCGUCAUACCGAAAAUGAGCUGUUCGACGAACUGUAAAACGUUCAGUAAAUCCCGAGUUUAAAUAAAGUGCUCUGUUCUGUUCUAUGCGUCUUCAAAUGGGGCUUAUGCAUAUGACGUCAGGGUUUCCAUGUUGGUGUAUCCGAACAAUCUGAACUAUCUGCAUAAUAACAGAGCUUAUUUCCGCAUCACUUUGGGUAAAAAUGGCAUAACCUCCGUGGAUUUAUGUGGUUACCCAUUGACGUCCGCACGCAUCCUCAGCUAUUCAAGAAAAAUUGGAGACGAAAAAAUUGUUGAAGAAAACAGUUGAUUCAGAUUAGACAAAACUUUCAAUGUCUCAACUGUUUGGUUGGAUUCAGACGUUAAAAAAACAGCAGCGAGGCUUCAAAGUGAACUAGAAUUUGAGCAGGCGAGCUCGGACCGCUCAAGAAUGAUCCUAGGCACUUGUAUACCUCAAGGCAAUAUUCCAUUUUAACGACACACUCUUUGACCGGCACGGUUCUGAGAAUCAGUCUAAAAGCACCUAAUUUAAAGAAACUAAACGAUAACUGACGAAGGUUUUGAAGAAAAUCGCAGAUCUAUUGAGGGGCUUAGCUAGAAACUUUGCAGAGGUACGCAGCGUUUUUCAAAUCCAUCCUCUGCAUCCUAACCUGCCUCUCAAAUCAUUUUAUGCGUAUCAUGAGGUAACCGCUUUUUAUUUCCUUUGCUUUGUCUUUGUUUUUAUUAUUCUUCAACUUCUUUUUUUUCAAAUACGCAAAUGCGUCUUUGCGUACAGGUAGUUACGCCCCCACAGUACCCUAACCUACGUCAAGCUACUCCAGUCAGCUCAUCCAUUCCCUGUUAAUAACUGUCUCUCACUGGCUACCCAGGCAUAAGCGCAAGCAUAAGAGUCCUCAUUUCGCCCUCAAAAGGGCCUAGACACAAACAUAAGGGCACAUAAAAGCACAAGUAUAAAAAUUUUUAAGUUAUGGUCCAGAUAAGAAGGAAAGAACAAAACGCAAAGAACACUUCGCAAUGCAAAAAUGUGCUAUACUACAUUAUUUUGUGAUGGGUUUAAACAUCAGACUUUACGAAAUCUUCGCAAAGAGCAUGUAUACAGGGGCACCCAACGGGAAAUUUUGAGAAAAAGACCUAAAAACAACAACAAAGCGUGAAUAAAGUUUUCUGAGACUAUUUUAAGCAUUUUGGGAGAUUGCUGGAAAAAAUUAUCUGUUCCUCACUCCCAGCAAGACUGAUGGAAGAGUUCCCAGCCAGCAACCUUACAACCUGCAACCUGACUUACUGGGAAGUUUCAUAGGGCACAAUUCAGAUCUUGAGUGGUAAGUAACCCAUGCAAGUAACCCGUAGCAGCUAUUCUAGACUUCAAGUCCCCUCUGACACCCUGAAUUAUCUUUUUCCCAGCAACACUUUCCUUCCAAGGACUAUUAUUUCUUCCACAUCUCCCAGCCAGCAAAAAUGUGCCUGAAGAACAGAUAUUUUGAGGAACAGAUCCAUUGGGUGCCCCUGUGUAUAUUAAUCUUUUGUUUUUUAACCAACUACUUCCUUAUAACAAAAUCUCUUCUGAGUCUAAGUAACACAGAAAUCCUAUCUGAGGAACACGUAAAAUUGUAAACUUUUCUUGGCUGUUGUUUUUAACUCUUAUGAUUGGUCGAAAUCUUUUAACACAGAAAAUCACCCUUUAAAAAUGGAGUUUAAAUAAAUUUUAUUUCGUAAACUGCCUUUUUGUAGGUUUAAUAUGUAUUCUCUGUGUGAAAAUGAAAAAAUUCCUUUCUAAGGAAAGCGUAUUGCGCCAUAACAAAAUAAAUUGCUUCCCUUCUUACCGUAUCAUUAACUGCGCAUGCGUCGCUUAAAAGCCACUUGGUCUUGUGUUAACCAAUCAGGGCCGGGUAUUUCGAAGCUCAGUGAACCCUAAUCCCGGGUUAACUGUAAACGGAGCAAAUAAGUUGUCAUAGUAACUAUCCGUGGAUUUGCGCCAAUUACAGGUAUCAUUCGAGCAACUCCGCCAUGAUGUUCUUAGCCGAUAACGCUUUCCCCCUCUUUUUCGCUUUCUGUUGGGUUCAGAGUCCGCUGUCAGAGACCUACAACACAAUACCGAGAAUCAUUAAACAAGUAGAGACGCUCAGCGAAUUUAAAAUCAAGCUAAAGCGCCUUUUUAAACAGUAACGCCUGCGGUACAUGUUGCCUUUGUAACUUAAUUAAUUUUCUAGUUUUAGUGUCUUUGGUUUUGUGUUGUGUCAGGGCCGCCAUUUAAACUAGCUCAGUCUGCUUAAUUGGAUGCCCCUGGAUAAAUAUUGAUGGAAAAAAAAAACAAAAAAAAACAAAACGAAACAAAAAAACACACAGAACAGAGAGACCUCACUGAAAACCGCCUCUUAGCUAAUUGGGUUCCAGUCAUUAAAUAUUGGCCAUCUUAAGCAACAACCACGGCGAAGUCUACGAAAACGUCGCUAAAAAGGUGAAUGCGCGCUGUUUCAUACUUUAUCGCGCGCUUAUUCCAUCUCGUUUAAUUCGCCAAAUGUUGACAAAUGUUUGGGAGUUGAAUUCUAAAGAACUGUAUCAAAGUUCAAAAAAAGAAAAAGAAAGUUAUUGUCUUGUGUUUCCGUCCUCGACGAAACGUGAAAUUAGGCAGUUUCGCAUUAGGGAGCGUAAGCAAGAACGGCGGCGACGGCAACGAAAACGUCACUUAAAAAAGUGAAGUCGCGCUGCUUCAAACUUUAUCGCGCUUGUUCCAUCUCAUUUACUUCGUCAAAUGUUCGCAAAUGUUAAGAGUUGAAUUCUAAAGGACUGUGUCAAAGUUCUGGAAAAGAAAAGGAAAGUUGUCGUCUUGUCUUCCUGUCCUCGAGAAAACUUGAAUUUAGGCACUUUCACCUCGUAGUCGUGCAAAAAAAUGUACAAAAAGCGUGAUGCACGUGCAAAGUUGUUGUUUUACUAAUCUAAACCUCUUGCUUUUUUUGCCGUUUUUGUUGCCGUUGCCGUCGUCGUUGCUUAAGCUUCCUGUUACUGUUAGUACUACAGUAGAAACUCGAUAACUAGAACUUCCGCUGUCUGGAACUAAAUUUCCUUUCCCUUGAUCAAAAUUUCACCGAAAUUUAUCCCUAUGAUUCGAAUUCUGGUUGUUGUAACCCCACUCGGAUGCCAUCCCAUUAGCUCUUCUCGUUGUUUAAUCGGUAAAAACACUAAGGCUAAUAACCAUGUUACCGUUUUUGAUGGAGUAAGUAAAUUGCACUGUACUAGCCCUAUACACACUGAAGUGCUGAAAAAUCAGUAACUAGCGUUUAUUAAAGUGGCGUAUUGAAAUUUCAAUCGAUCCCGAUAACUCGAAUCCCCGCUAACUCGAACUGUUUUUCGUUUCCCUUCAGAGAUUGAGUUACCGGCCUUCUACUGUAUUUUUAUUAGAGACAUCAAACGAAAAUAUUUUUGAGAGCAUAGUCUUUAGCACUUAAUGACUUCCUAAUAAUUAAGGUUUAUAAAAGAACGAUAUUUAUCGUCGGUUUUGAAACUUAUAAACAACAAAAGGGCCUGAGGCGAAAUACAUUCUGUACAUUUGAAUGUAUUGAUUAUACUGACAAAACGUCUCAGACGUCCUGUCAACGCAAAACAUUCGAGUGUUUCUGCCGGGAUAUCCCUCAAAUAGUUAAAUUAAGCAGGCCGGCAGUUUCCUUGAAAGAGUGAACUCUUCUAUAGUAUUUUUCUUAAAGCUACCAUCUCUGAAGUGAGGUUUGUUGUUAUAAACUGCAUAAAAAGCGUUUUUUUGAUCGGCUACCGGAUAUGAAUUAAACUUCUUACGAUGAUGUUUCAUAACUGUCAUUUUCAAGUAUGAUGAUUAUUACUUACGUAGUAUAUAUGGCCACAGGUGCGAGAAUGUUCUUCAAAAAAAAAAAAAAAAAAACAUUGUGUUGCGAUCAAAUAGUUUUGAGCGGAAAAACUUUAAACUGAGACGACUCUUUUUAAACUGCGCGUAAGACACCGGACCGGGAAUAUGGGAAACUCGACCUGGUUUUUUGCUGUUCUUCUGUUAUCAUUUCCAGUACUUUCAUGUUCUAACUGGUGGUAAGUUUAAACUUCUAACUGAAUAUAAGAAUUUUCAAGAGUUCCACCGGAAAUUUGUUCUCAAAAUAAUGCAAGAAGUGUUAAAAGUAAGACAAAAGUGGAAAGUCUUGAUGACUACAUAUAAUUUGUUUCUGUUAUGUAUGUAUUAGGUUUAUGUCUCAACUGUACGAUCUUGAUGCUCAAGUUAUGUGCAACAAAGCUGGUUUAGUUAAAGACCAAAAACGAUUUUGCGAAAAAUAUCUGGAUAUUGCGAUCAGUAUCGGGAAAGGUGCGAGACUUGGUGUGCAAGAAUGUCAGAAACAGUUAAAGGACGAGUUAUGGAAUUGUUCUACAUUUGCUCGGGAUGUCAGCGUUUUCGGAAAAGUUCCGCGAAAAGGUAAAAGAAUCAGUUAUAGUGGGGUGUCGUUAAGCGAGAUAUCACUAGGUAUUACUUACCACCAUCCAACCACGCAUACGGAAAAGCCAGAUAAAAGGAAUUUGCCAGAAAAACUGUUACAGCAUGAAAAAAUGUAUGUACUUUGAAAGAGAAAAUUAAAGGAAGGUAUAUGACAUGUUAUAUAACAAACGAUGGUUAUAAGAAUGUCUUAGUCAUUUCUAAGGACCUCUUUUAACGUUUAGCUCGCUCCUUAAGGCCCAGGUGCUUGAAAGGCCAGUUAGCGCAAUUUACCUUCCAAAAGAUUGUUUUUAGUAUCAUACAUUCUGUGUCGGUUAUCAUAACCUUAUCUUAGAGUAAAGGCUCAAAAAUACUUUAUAAGCUCCAACUGUAUGUUCCUAGACGAAAAAAUUUUGCUAAUAAAAUUUGGCUUAAACCAGAAUUAAACUUCAUGAUCUUUAGGGGAACCGCGGGCCCUGUUCGACUGGUGAAUUUUUCUUCGAAUUUUAAUAUGUCGUAAUUUUUCUCGCAGAUUGUGCCUCAACUAAAUCACAAGAAAAGUUUGCAAAAAAACUUGUUCAGUGUUACAGCCUUUAUUCGUAUAUUGUUGUGUUUCACGUCCGGCGAUUGUUGUUUUUCUUUCUGUUAUUUUUGCUGAUUCAGUUCUGACAUUGGAAUGAUGUGGCUUUGUUUCAGCUUCCCGAGAGACCGCCUUUAUUUAUGCCAUAACCUCUUCCGGGGUUGUUCACAAAAUAACAAAAGCUUGUGCUCGUGGUGUUCUGAGAAAUUGUGCUUGCAAUAAUACUCAGCUAGCUGAAGGAACAUAUGAUAGUCGAGGAUUCGAGUGGGGUGGAUGUAAUGACAACAUUGAAUAUGGUCUGAAAUACGCCAGUGAGUUUAUAGAUUCUCGAGAAAAGGAACAAGACGUAAGAGCAAAAAUUAACCUUCACAACAACUUUGUGGGACGACAGGUAAGGAUACAUCGUCUGAAUGGUAUCCGAUUUAUUUUGUGGCAAGAACUGGGUUAAGUCGACUUGUCUCAAAGGCAUCCAUUUUUAUCUUUAGAAACCGCUGACUUCAUUUAUUUAGUUGAAUAAAAUGUUUUCUUAGUUGUUUUUGUGUCAAGAACUUUCUCGUUCCAAAGACACACAUGAAAUAAGGGGGUUCUGUGACGCCUCUCUUCAGCUCGGCAUCACAGAACGUUUUUCAUGUGUGUACCUCGGGGAAGCGAGAUACCCAAAACUCGGACUCAAACGCAAAUGAAAUACCAAAUGCGGAAAGUUGUUGCAUUAUAACUACAUUCCAAAAAGCACCUGGCAACAGGCACAUUCCUGAAAAACAUAACAACCAGCAACUUAGAAAAUUGUUUUACAACUUAGGUUGAGAGUCGUCCGUUGUUAGGGUUUUUCAGGAAUAUAUCUAUUGUUUUGCAUGUGAUAUUCGAUUGUUUUAUCAUUUGCGUUUCAACAGAGCUCGUGAUAUUCUAUUGUUUUUAAAUUUACCUAACAACCGAGUUCGCGAAGGGAAAGGCCCGCCGCUGAAAAUAGCCUUUGAUAAUGUAUCCUUAAUGGUCGUUGGGCAGAACUAUAUGGCAUAAUAUGGCAGGCCAUCGCGUUCAAAAGUCGAUAUCAUGAUAUCAUUCCUGAUAUCGUGAUAUCAGACCAUGAGAUCAGGAUAUCAUUGCCCCCGCAUCCUAGUAGCUUGCGCGUGUAUAAAGGAAAGUACUUACAGUUGACAUAUGCAGUUAGUAUACCAAAGAAAGCUUGAACAGGGGCCGCGAGGGAUUGUGGGUUAAUAAUGACGUUUCCAUUGUUUAGGAUGACGGAAAACGGAAAAUCCCCAAAGGGACCGCUUGGGUUGAUUUUGUGACAGUCGUUGUAAAGUCAUACCGUAAAAUUCCGAAAAUAAGCCCUUCCUUGUAUAAGCCCCUCCAAAUAUAAGCCCCCCAAACUCGUAACGCAAAAAACCCUCCGUUACAUCGCCCGUCCGAAUAUAAGCCACCUGGGGGGCUUUUACUUGGAAAUUGCCCUCAAAUACAAAGUAAAACAAAGCAAAAACUGUAAAUUUCCUUUCAACUAUAAGCUAGCCCAAUGGAUUUUGAAACGCAAAUUUCCCUCCGUACAGAAGCCCCUCCGAAUAUAAGCCCCUCAAAAAAGGCCUUUGAAAAAAUAAAAGCCCCGGGGCUUAUUUUCGGAAUUUUACGGUAGUUCGAUACUCUUAUGCGUUACGUGUGUGUUCACUGACAUUCUGUGGAGCAGCUAAUUUGAAAGUAUUAAAGCAAAACUGAAAUUCUUGUUUUACUCUCUCAAAAAAGCAUCAAAAACUCAAAGACCACGAAAGAGAAAAUUUCUUGUUUGACCUAAAUUGUGGACCAAAAGUCGAUAAGUGCGGACGUACAGUAAGUUAUAAGUGGUGCAUAACAUAACUGUGUACAAGCGCUUCGAGGAUUUGCCAGACACAAGUUUAUCGUGAUUCACAUUUCUCUGACUGGAAACGAUUUGAAUUUUUCAGACACAAAUCUCUUUGAGGCCGUGAAUGUAAUAUACAGCUAAUUUUAGCUAAACCGGCAAGAGUACGUUUAUGACUGUCUUGGCACUUCCACCUCAGUAUUAAAUUACUGAAGAGAAACUUUGUUCAGUCAGUCUGUUUUUGCCUUAGUCGUUGCUUUUUGUUUCCUGCAGGCUAUAAAGAGCCAUAUGAGGCUGGUCUGCAAAUGUCAUGGAAUUUCAGCUUCGUGCUCAUAUAGAACGUGCCUUAGAACCUUGGGACCGUUUGGUGCUGUAGGCGGGUAUCUUCACGACAAAUAUUACAACGCUACCAGAGUAACAGUCCAUCAGGACAAAAACCAGCUCGUUGCGACCGAUAGAAAAAAUCGAGAAAAGACCUUGGAAGAUGAUCUUUGGUUCUUGGAAGAGUCCCCAGAUUAUUGCUUGCCCAACAACAGCACCGGAUCGCUGGGCACCACGGGAAGACGUUGCCACAAGACCGUCUCGGGACCUGGGAAUUGCAAGAUUUUGUGUUGUGGACGUGGCUAUAACACCCUUCAAGUCCAGCAAAAGUAUGAAUGUUCAUGCAAGUUUCAUUGGUGUUGCCAAGUAAACUGCAACACCUGCAGUAGAAUAGUUGAUAGACACGUUUGCCGGUGAUUUGAGCGCAGCUUUACAAAAGGUUGUAAUCUAAACAGGCCUGCAUAGUCCUUAGGCCUUAAUAGUAGUCCCUAGGCCUUAAUUCAAAGGGCGACUUAUCAAUUUGUUUGAGUUACGCGCUUUGAGCUAACACGACGAGCUAAGGCGUCGAAAAAAAAAUAGGCUAAUAACCGUAGCAGAGAUGUAAUAUAGGUAGUAUAAGAACUUAGUUCGCACCUACAGUUGAAAGUUAGUACGAGCGAGGUGUCGCUUAUAUUAUUUGCGGUUAGGAAUUUUCCGGCCCAUUGAAAAGAGAAAAUAUUUUUUUUAACGUAAUUCCAGAAAUGUUAUUUGCGUGAUGUGGCACUUCUUUUCAAAAAUAAAUAAAUAAAUAAAUAAACGGAGAUUACUGUACGCUGCACUAUUAAAGAUAAAAAAAGUUGAGGCAACUAGUCCUCUUCGUAAGUUGAAUUCACUGCAAAAGAAAAAAAGUUCAGUUAGCCACGAGAGGUCUAGAUUGAGAGCAGUCUCUCUUUUUUCUUAGUCCGUCGAGCGAAACGUGCGAGAGACGAAAAUGACCACACGUGAGACUGAAGGCGCUAAGCGAGAGAGGCGCGGAAAAAGCCGUCCUCGUUUCUCGUGUCUCGCGGCUUUGCCGCUCGACGCUCGCGUGCGCGUGCACUCCCCUCUAUAAAUCUGGAGAAAAAGAGAGACUGCUCGUAGUCUACGAGAGGUCUAAAUUUCUUUCUCCCCUCAAUCAUGAAGCCAGGAUGAAAUACCGAAUAAUAUCUGGAGCAGACAACUAAUCGACUCCUGAUUAAAUACAUCUUUAAAAAAUGCUUAAGCUUGCUGAGUUUGCGCGUGGGGAUGUGUAUAUUCUGCCCACAGAAAACAAAAGCUCAGUUAAAAGGUGACUAUCCAGGUAAACUAGUAAUAAUUGCAAAUUAAGGAAGUGUGUUCGGCAGGGAGGGGUGGUAAGGCGAGGAGGAGGGAGAGGGGGAGGGGGAGUAAGAGGAGGAGGUAAGGGUGUACAAGGAGUGAUAAGUAUGAUAUUAUGUCCUGGUUGUCAUAUUCUCUUGAUAUUUUACGUCUGGUUUUGAUCCAAAAACUACAAUCAAAACUCUAUAAUACUAACUCUAAACUCCAGACGUAAAAUAGAAAUAGAUCGCAGAGGUCAAUAGUCAAAAGUUGGCCUUCUUCAAUAUGAUCUCAGUAACUGAAAUCAGUGUUAUUUUCCCGUAUUGUUUGCUCUCCCACUUUGGAAUGCAUUGUCUUUUCAUUUUGCCUCAUAAAUACCAAAGCCUCCUUUAUAUUUCAUAUACUAUAUUUGGCUAAACCCUUGAGUAAACAACAGGAUCGCAUCCAUGAAAGCAAAAUUGUACAGUGUGCCGAAUACGUUGUUAAGGACCUAGAUAUCUGAUUAUCUUGAAAUGGAACUGUUCCUAUAAAAAAAUACGGACAACGAAGCUCAGUUGUAAGGAAAAAACGAUAAGUAAUCCUCUCCUGUAAGCAAAAACUUGUCAAUGUUUCAUCGGUAGUAAACGAGCGUGGCACAAAAUAGAUACCGGUUCCCGAUGGAGAUAAGGCAUGAGAUUGAGGCUACAUGCGGCAGCCAGCCAGCUAGUCAGUCAGUCGGUAGAAGAAGGCGGCCAAACCAUGAAAUCAUAUGGCAUCCAGAACAGUAGCCGCAGGACAGCGUGAUCCCGCGGGUAAAAAGUACUCGCAGGUCACAGUUCUCCUUCGUCGAGCACAAACAAAAUAUAAGUUUGCGCGUGGUGGGGUUUUAAUAUUCUGCCCACAGGUAAGAAGAUUACAACAGCUCAGUAAAGAGCUGACUACCCAGGUAAAGCAGAAUUUAUAAGUUAGCACGUGGAGAGAUUGUUAUUCUGCCCACAGAUAACAACAGCUCAGUAAAGAGCUGGCUACCCAUGUAAAGCAGAAAUAUCGGAAAGUUAGCGCGUGAAGAGGUUAAUAUUCCCCUUGAUAUUUUCUUCUAGCAUUUUCGAUCAACAAAUAAUAAAAAAUAACAACUGCAACUUAUUACCAGUAGUGAUUUUGCUCAGCUUAACCACGCUAAACUUAACCCGACAAGCCCCUUUUUAUUGACAAGAAUUUUCCCAUCCCGUUAUCGGGGUCGCAUGCAAUAAAAAUUCAAUCGGACACUAUUCGCCGGCAUUUUUCCCGUAAAGGCAUAUUCAAGUCGAAUGCGACGAGUAUUUGCUCAUCUCCUCAUUUUGCUCAAAGCGUCCUCAAAUACCUCCACCGUUACAGGCGCUAGCGAAAUCUACGUUGCCGAAAUUCACCGCGACUCUGAAGGUACGAGUUGUAGGAGGCCUAAAUGUAAUAAACGACUCUAAAUGUAAUAAAGUUCUUAAUGUAAUAACUUUUUGCCCUAAAUGUAAUAAACUCUUAAGAGUGAUAACAUUGAUUAGGCCUUAUUAAGAGGCCCUGACUGUAAAUAUCGAGAGUCCGCCGACAAUUGCAAAAUUUCAUAAUUUAUUUUAUUCGACCUAAAAGAACCUUUUGGUGAACUAUUUUCAAAAAAGGAAAUAAAAAGUUCCAUCGCGCUUUGGUUUUUCCAAAAAAUCCAAAAGUUCAAAUUACACCAAGGCGGCCCUCGAUCCCCCGGAAAAACAAUGAAAAAUUUUGCAACUUUGCUAACUUCGUACGCGACAAUGCGUUAAAUUCUUGGUUUGCUACUUUGUACAUUGGUAAAAGGUGCCUUUGUCUUUUGCAAAAAACUUCAUGUAAUUUUGUUAUUUUUAAGGCAACAUAAAAACUCGCUGAAAUAACUAACUUUCAAUCUUAACUUUUUGGUUGAAGUGAAAUAAAGGUCAACUUCAAAGGCCUAUAAAAAUCCUAGUAUCUAAAUUUACGUCUCAUAUUGUACAUCAGGUGAAAGCUGCAACUGUCGUUUUUGGCCCAGAAAAAUUAGCAUAAUGAAGAAGGCAGCCGUGACACCGCCCCUUUAAAAUGACGUGUUACACGUCACUGAUGUCGCUAAAACAUUUAAGGUCUAAUGUUAUCAGGCUUAACAGUUAAUUACAUUUAGGGCAAAAAGUUAUCACAUUUAGAACUUCAUUACAUUUAGGGCUUUAUUACAUUUAGGGUCGUUUAUUACCCGGCUUUCCUUUCAGGAAGAGACGGGUAUAGUUCUUGGUCGAGUUGUUCAAAGCUGGAUUAAGAUAACCCACGGUUAGUGCGAGAUUUGAAUUCAGAUUUGAAAGCUUUAAAAAGCAUUUCAGUUUUAAUUCUUUUUGUCUACAAGUUGAUGAUUGAAAGCUCUAAAUAUAACAGAGAAAGUUAUCCGAGAAAAUGCUUUUGAACAUAAGAAAAAGAAACCCGGGUUAAAUUUAACCCCGGGUUAAGCGCUAAUCGGCCUUCGAAAAACUGAGCCCUGGCCGUCGUCUAAUCGCCCUCUGCUCUUUAAAGCGCAUGCCUGUGCUGGUGAAACAUCACGUGAUCGAUUUCCGGCAAUUUCAUUGGCUUAGAGGCAAAAUCUCUUUGAACAAAGUCGAGAACAACACGCGUGAACACGGGCAGGCUUUUGUCAGUCGGUAGCGUUAACGUUUUGGUUUUGUUGCCUCUAUGAGUGAUCGACAAUUAUGUUGGUCGAAAUGUUUAGUGAUAUAGGUGUUGUCUAGAGAAUAAUGUAUCCCGGAACUGUCAGACAAACACAGUUGCACGAUCCGUUUAAUCGAGAUCGGCGUUAAAAAGGUGGGUAAUUUUCACUUUUUAUGUUUAGUGCAAGUCACGAGAACUUAUAUAGCAGUUGAAGAAACACCAUUGAGCUUUGUUUUGGCGAGUAAGAGUGUACCGAGGUGCAAGGAAGAGGCAGUUUUGUAAAACGUCAGUGGCACCCAACGUCAAUUUUCGGAAAAUAUCUGUUCUGAAGACGCAGUUUGAGAUCUAGAAUUUUCGGAACAUUUGUUGUAAAAUUUCAUGCUUGCCUGCCUCUCCUAAGAUUUUCGAACAUCUAAGAAGUGGUGGAAUUGCCCAGUUUUAACGGAUUUUUACCCUAAAAAGGUCACCUAGAACUUUCGGGAGCCUUUUUUUCUGGCUGAAAUUUUCGAAAAGGUAAGUUCCGGGGCACCCAACGACAAUUUUCGGAAAAAUAUCUGUUCGGAAGACGAUUUGAGAUCUACAAUUUUCGGAACAUUGGUUGUAAAAUUUCUUGCUUGCCUGCCUCUCCUAGGAUUUUCGAACAUCUAAAAAGUGGUGAAAUUGCCCAUUUUUAACGGAUUUUUACCCUAAAAAGGUCACCUAGAACUUUCGGCAGCCUUUUCUCUAGCUGAAAUUUUCGAACAGGUAAGUUUUGAUCCCUAUAAUUUUCGGAUCACUAGACUUUCAGCUAGGAAAUCCGAACAGAUGAAAAAUCUAUAGGGGAUAAAAAUAUGCCCAUAUCCACUGUUUAAAAACUAAAACACGUUUAACAAUUCUAUGUUUAAGGGGCUUUGAACUAUAUUCUCGUUGGGUGUCCCUGUAAGUUUUGAUCCCUAUCAGGAGCCCAUAAUGGGCUCCUGUCUCUAUAAGUUUUGUCUCUAUAAGUUUUGGAUCACUGGACUUUGGAUUUUCAGCUAGGAAAUCCGAACGGAUGAAAAAUUUUUAGGGGAUAAAAAUAUGCCUAUAUCUACCGUUUAAAUACUAAAAUACGUUUAACAAUGCUAUGUUUAAGUGGUUUUGAAGUAUAUUCUCGUUGGGUGCCCCUGAAACGUAUGGACCGUUUUUGUGCUAAAUAGUACGUACGACUUGACUGUUCGAUCUGUACAAACACGUCCACGUCACUGUAAACACCUUAUAAAUGUUAUGCUUUAUAGCUUUUAUCUCAAAGCAGUAAGACACAUUAGAAAAUUUAAAAGUAGAGAAAUUGCUCUGAUUUGUAAUAUACCAUAGUUUGCACCUAGUUGCAGGAAAGUGGCAGUAAUUUUCAUUCAUCAAAACAAACAAACCUGACUGUUCAUCUCAGAAGUUUAUGCUUGGUCCAAGUCUUGUGCUUCCCGGCUGUGUCGUGUAAAAACGGAAACUUACUAUAUCGAGGGAAAGAAAUAUUCUUUGACUUUUUUUGGCAUAUAUGGAUUAACUUGUAUCGAGCUCGCAAGGAAGCGGCAGGUUUGUAAAGCACGUAGCGUUGUUUGAUGCUAAAAUUCGACAUGAUUUUGAUUGAUCAAACAACAUCUCAUUGUUAAAUUAAAUCAAAGGUAUUAAAGCUUAUCUGAGCUCUUUUAAAAGUGGGCGAUUGCUUACUAUCGAAUUUCGAUCUUGCAAAACUCCAUUUUGAUCGAUCCAACAUUAUUAGAAAUUUCAAAAUUAUCUAUGCUAGAAAUUUUUCUCUUUGCUGUGUUCAGCUACUGUACAUUCAAACUUGCAAUUAAAGAAUCGACAAAUCGAUUAUAAUAUUCUGUACUUAAAUUGGUUUCGGGAUUAUCCUCAACGAGGUACACAGUAUAGGUUUGGGUUUUCUGUGGUUACUUCUUUGCUUGUUGUUGAAUCUAUAACAAGGCAAUGAAAUAUUGACAUAUCCUUCAUUUAUUUACUUUUUUUUUCAGAGAAGAUGAACUUGAUCCCAAAUCAAACAAUAAGUGCAGCAACACUUUUCGAAGUUUUCCAAAGAUGAAUUAACUAAAAGGAGAUGCCGGUAGUUUGUCUUUGAAGUACCUGUAUCAGAGUGACAACAAUAUGAAUAAAGAUCUUACUCCUUUGUAGUAAUUUAGCAUGUACAAUAAUCACUUCAGCAACCAAAACAAAUGUAAAAUCCUUACCUAAUUAUUCCAGCCAUUAUUUUCUCUUCCUCUUCAUACAGGGUGUUAUUUCAAAGUUUUUUCCCUCAAAAUAUUAGUUUACUACCUAACAUUGUGACUGAAGCUCAUGCUAAUUUAAAGAAAAAGAAAACUACUGCAACACUACUUUGAAGUAUUAUGCAGUCAUGGUCAAGUACACCCCUUUGGAACGUUCGAGUCUUUCCAGUCUGAUUUGCUAUCCGGUAGUAUGUUCCAAAAUAACAAAAAAAAUAACAAGAAAGAGAGUACGGGUUGAUCAAAGCUUUUAAAAUUCCUAAUUUGUGAACAAUAUCUGCAAAAUCACGCGGUCAUGUGACAACCAAUCAGGGGCCGGUUGCUCGAAGCCUGGUUAGCGCUAACCGUUGGUUAAGAGGUAUGGAAAUGUAUAGGUUUCCAUGGUAUUUAACGCUGGUUAGCGCUAACCAUGCUUCGAGCAACCCGGGCCUGAUGAUUAAUUAACCCCCCCCUCCCCGCCCCACCACAGACUUUUUUUCCGGAAUCGCCUUUGUGAAAAGUCUGCUUUCAAUUUUUUUUGACUUGCAGGACAGGCAUGUAUGUAUACACAGAAUAGAGAGACGCUACUGAAAACCUCCCUGUUGAGUUGGGUUCCUCUCAUUAAUUAUUACAGUGUAUUAUCACUAUUAUUUUUAAACCGAAAAUAUUUUUUGAGGGCCUGAGUUUUGAAAUUGAAAUUUGGCGAGAUAACUGAGUAUUUAUUACUUCUACUUUCGAAAGAUGAAAAGUAAAGGGCAACCAAAAUUUUGAUCAUAGUGGCACUUUAACAGGCGGAUGAAAAAUUAACAAAAAAGUUAGAAGACUUAGUGAGUCAAUGCAUUUCAAGACCCGACAUUUGAGUGUUUACGAAUAUCCCUUUGUUGAUAAACCAACUCUUAUCAAUUAUACUGUGCCUCUUGCUCUGAUACAUACUCUUUUAAAACUACCGCCUCUGAAGUGGAGUUUGCUUAUAUAGAGCCGACGACGACCAUUUUCUAGAUUGGCUGUUAAGAAACCGGAUGCGAAUUCAGUAAACUGUAUCUUAUAUGAUGUUUCAUUAUUGUCAAUCAUGAAUUGAUACUUGGCAUGGCUGAAAGAGCAAGAAUGCUUUUCACUGAAUCGGAAAAGCUCAUUGUCUCGCGAUCGUUCAGUUUUGAUCAUUCAGACGCGAGCGAGAUUCUUUUUAAACUGCGUACAAGAAUCACUCACAGGACAUACGUGUAAAAGAACAUGCAGAACUCGACCUGCUUUUACGCUGUUUUUCUGUUAUCAUUUCCAUUACUUUCUUGUUCUCAUUGGUGGUAAGUUUAAACGUCUUAAUGAUUAUUAGAAUUUAGCUCUUAAGUGAAACCGUUUGCGCAAUAGUUAAUUUGCACGUUUGUUUCAAUAGGUUUAUGUCUCAAGUGCGCGACUUUGAUGCCAAGGUAAUGUGUAGCGUGGCUGGCUUAGUCAAGGAACAGAGACAAUUUUGUGAGGGAUCUCCUGAUAUUGCGAUCAGUGUUGGAAAGGGUGCACAACUUAGUGUAGCCGAAUGCCAGAAACAGCUCAAGAUGGAAUUAUGGAAUUGUUCUACAAUUUCUCGUGAUGUCCGCCUUUUCGGUAAAGUUCUCCUAAAAGGUAAAAGAAUUUCUUAAUUGCCGUAGUUCAGCACGAAAAAAUUGUACGGAAUUUAAAGGAGAAUGUUAAAAGAAGAAUAUAUCUCGGGUUAAAAAUGAUUAAAAAUGUCUAAGUUUUAAGCUACCAACACAAGUGUUAAUGUCCUGUUCGACAAGGCAAUUUCUCCUGGGACUUAAAUUUGUGGGACAAGUUGCCAAGUCCCUGUCUAUUUGAAUAGCCCUUGAAAUUCUUGAUUUUGUCUUGCAGCAUUUUUUAUCUUGCUCCAUGCAAGGCUUGGUGUAGCGAAAACGUUGAGAAAUGCUUAUUUCUGAAUCAGUGGUUCUACACUAGUACACUACCCAGGGAAGGGCCCCCUUAUCUUAGGGUCUGGAUGACCGGGUCCCCCCUUAUCUGAAGGCCUGGAUCCGCCGCCACUGCCCCAUUAACUAGAGCCCAUAGGCUCCCGCUAUUAAUACAUUUUUCUUGCCCUUGCGAGAAAACCGUGAAUCGUCUACGGCAACCUCUCUCCAUAAAUCGUUGUUUUUUUAUGUCCUCUAAGUGUUCACACAAAUUGCUCGUUUCAUUGUUUUCUUCCUGAUUCAGUUUUGACAUAUGAAAUGUUGUGGCUUUUUUUAGCUUCCCGAGAGACCGCCUUUGUCUAUGCUAUAACUUCCUCUGGAGUUGUUCACGAAAUUACAAAAGCUUGUGCUCGUGGUUUACUGAGAGAAUGUGUUUGUAAUAAUACACAACAUCAAGGAAGAAAUGGUCGAGGCUUCCAUUGGGGUGGUUGCAAUGACAACAUUGAAUACGGUCUGAAAUACGCCAGUGAGUUUAUAGAUUCUCGAGAAAAGGAACAAGACGCCAGAGCAAAAAUUAACCUUCACAACAACUUUGUGCGGCGACAUGUGAGUACAUCAUCUAAUACACCAUUCCACGAUUUUUUCAAUUUUUGA